GAACACAUGCGCGAUCACUAAGCUCAACACCCCCCCACAAUGGCCAGUUUCGUUGGCUCUGCGGUCGUCGUGACUCUCAAGCAGGGCGCCGUGAUCCAGGGCUUCGUGCAAGCCGUGGACGCAGCAAGUGCGUCGUUGGUGCUCAAGGAUGCAUUCCUUCCCAACACCGGACAACGUCUUGGAACAUUUACGGCACAGGGCCCAGCAAUUGCAGAUCUGCAGGUUGUUGAGGCGCCGCCUCUAUCGACCGCAUCGCAGCAAACGAGCGUCAUCUCGAGUGGCCUGGCCCAGACGACGAAUGCAACGCAACUGUCGCACCCUCCAACACAAUCAGAACAGUUUCAAGACCCUGCUAUAUUAAGUUAUGGACGCAAGCCUACGGGAAACACCAACGCAAACCCACAAGUGCCCGGCGUGGCUCAGGAAGCUCAGUCCAUACCGGCUUUUAGUGCACCCACAGGGCCUAAGGUUGCUCCGGCUAAUGACACUGCCAACAAGAAGCCGAUAACGAAGCAGAAGGCACAGGCCCCGCAGUCAGCGUUGCAGACACAGUUUGCGAAUCUAGGUCUUGAUGGUGUGCGCUCACAAGACCCGCUUAGCGAGACCGAUGGACCCCCUGCCCCAUUGAACACAGUGCGGAGGGUGAGUCUGACGAAGACACGGACGGGCAAACCUAUGGAUGAUGACAUACCAGCGAAUGGAGAUAUCAUCAAAAAGAAGGGGAAAAAGAAGAGGAGAGACGGGGUUGCAAAUGCUGGCUUGGAUAAUGAAGCUGAUGUAGAACCAUCACCAGAUACGCGCAGGGGCGUAUCUGCGCAGUACAGAGGGAAAGGCUGGCGACAGACACCGAUGCUACAAGACCCUGUUAUGCCUGAUAGCCCAAAGAAGCAGGAGAACAAGACUGGAGUCAGGCGAAGCCGAAAGCAAAGAGCCAUGGAGAAAGAAGCUUCAAACAAUGGCUGGGCCACGGAGGAUGCGACGGACAUACAGGAGCUGGGAGAGUUCGAUUUUGCCGGGAACCUUUCGAAAUUUGACAAGCGCUCCGUGUUUGACCAGAUUCGCACAGAGGACACUACUGCAGAUGAGGAUCGCUUAGUGCAUUUCAAUAAGAACGCGAGGCCGGGCACAUAUGGAGGCAAAAACUACCACCCUACAGAGAACGUGCUUGACAGCCCCAAAGUGGCACCAGUUUCUCGUUUAAGUAACCCUGAAUCCGACUCAGAUGAUGCCUUCGACCAAGACAGCACACGCCCGGUGCGGAGGAUAAACUCGAGAGCUUCCAGCAGAAGACCUGCCUAUCGGACCGGCAGCGGUGUGGCUGAUGACACAGGCUCGCUCAAAGAUUUUGCUCGAUCUGCGCGAUCGUUGCGUCCGACAUACGCUGGGUCAUCCUCACAUGGAGCUGGUGGCAGUCCAAAUCCGCAGCGCUACACACCACCGGAGUCUCCCGCAAGCAGUCUGACGCUCGGUGCGCAUUUCAGAAUCGCGACAACGAAUCGACCUUGCCCAACGAUCAUGCCUGCGGGCAUGGCAGCUAUCGAGGAAGUCGCCGAAACCGAGUUCGGACUGACCACCGAGAUCAUGACUGAAAAUGCUGGGAGAGGUAUCGCCGAAGUUGCUAUGGCCACCAUUAACACGAACUCGGCGAAGAGAAAUGCAAGAGACUCCCACAGCAGGGAUACAAGACCGUGGGCACUCAUCAUAGCGGGCAAUCACAAGCCAGGGGCCCGAGCCCUGGCAGCCUGUCGACAUUUGCGUAGCAGGAAUAUCCGCACGCUCACCUGUCUUUUGGGUUUUGAUAGACAAACUGUUGAACUUGAGCGCGAAGUGAGGAAGCAGGCCGAUAUUCUGGUCAAAAUGAACGGGUAUGUGCGAGGCUGGUCGGAUACCAAGAAUUAUCUCAGCAAAGAGGGGCAGCCCGAUCUAAUUAUUGACUCUCUGAUGGCUGCGAGCAAGCCCUUCGAUGUCCUCAGCCUUGAGGACCAGAAGGCCGUGAUUGAAAUCGUCAAUUGGACCAGGAAAGCUAGUCCUGCGAGAUGUGUCACGCUAAGUGUGGACAUGCCUUGCGGGAUCAACGGAUCGACAGGAGAGCCAUCACUUCUCGAUCCUACGACCGGCACUGCCCUUCAAAUCCAGACGAAUCACAUCGUCUGCAUAGGCGCGCCUCGCAUCGGUCUAUUGCGAGCCAUGCAGAAAACCGCCCUGCACAAGGCAGCUCAAUCCGGUUCGUCGGCAGCCCAAUUCUCGCCCGAGCUCCUGAACGCGCAAAUCUGGGUCGUGGACAUCGGCGUAGAGAAGGCGUGGAAGAGAAGCGGCCUGGCUGGCAGCAGGGGCGUCAAAUUCGGAAGCGACUGGGUGGUUCCUAUCAAACUCGUGGAGGGAAACAUGGACGACGCGCGUUAGAUUAGAUCCAUUUUCUCACUUUGGCACUUCUCUAAGUUGAGCGCCGGUGUAUUAUUUAGCGACUUCUUUUAUUUUAUAUUUUUCUUUGCUUUAGGGCGAUAUCUAAGAAGCCACCCCGCGAGGGUGUGAUGAGGUGCAUAAAUAUAUCACGUAAAAUGAAGUCAUUACCAGAGUCUUAAC